UGUAUUAUAGAAGAACGUCAAGAAGAAAUAUUCAUACGGAUUACUGGUUCCUUAACUUACCAAUCAAUGCUUCUUUAUGCUGCUGUACCAACAAAAUAUUUAUCAUCAUGAGCUGUAUACUAAAUAUUUCCUGUAUAAGUGUGGUUUGGAAUUCCAACGCACUUCCAACAGGCAAUCUAUAUGGAUCCUUCAGGCAUUACGCGAGCUACGACCAAUGUCUAAAGCCACCAUGGCUGCACACCCAUCCACAAAUGAAGACCAAGUACUGCUUCACCGACUUUCUGCUUUCUGACGAGAGUGAUGUCAAAACAGUUGCAGAUUACGACCCCUUGGGGCCAACCAUGGAAUUCAUUAAUUCACCAUCUCCGUCUGGUUUGCCUGUGAACCACAUCAUGUGGGGUAUAUGUAUACCAGCAGUCUGCUCAUCCAAUGCGGUCUCUAAACUGACUAAAGUGAUGUAUGAGUCAGCUACACUGAGCAGCAUAGCGUCUGACGUCACGGUGAAACACUGCCAGGAGGCUGGGGAGAGAGCACCAUACUCUACUGGGUAUUAUAUCUUCAUAGCCUUGAUACUAUCGCUGAUAACAACGGCUGUGGCGUCGACCUGCUAUCGGAUGUAUGUAUCAUCUGGAGAGGAGUCGCCAAACAGUUUAAAAACCAUAAUAACAAAAUCAUUCUGUAUCAUCAAGAACCAAGAAGAUUUAGUGAAGGUCAAUAAGGGUGAGAUUCGCUCGAUGAACGGUAUCAGAUUCCUGACUGCAACCCUUAUCGUCAUAGUGCAUGUGGUGCUCUAUAUAGUGUUAUCUGGUAUCAAUAAUUUUGCAGAUUUUGAAAAGCAAUUUGAAGGCAUCGGUGUGUCAUAUCUCCAUGGUGACAUCAUUGUGGACACGUUCUUCACUAUGUCUGGUCUCCUGCAUAUGAGAGGACUGAUGGGAAGACAACAGAAUUUGUUUGGCGUACUCUGGAAACGGUACAUAAGGUUAAUAGGUCCCUUCGCCAUUGUUGUGUUCUACUUAACAUUUGUAUCCAAACACUGGAACUCCGGGCCAGGCUGGUAUAACUUGGAAGAGACAGAUGUUUGCGAGAAAUACUGGCUGAGAAACUUGCUCUUGGUGAAUUUCGAUAUAAAACUCAGCUGUCAAGCAACCACUUGGUACCUGCCCUGUGAUUAUCACCUCGCAAUCCUGGGCACUCUCAUCUUCUACUUCUAUCAGAAGAAAAGGCAGCUUGGCUAUACAGUGUUUGUAGCUGUGUUACUCCUGUCCAUGAUCAUUCCUGCAGUAUUGACGUACUGGCUUAAUUUCCAAGCUGUGAUCUUAUUGGAUUUUGGCAAGCACAUUAUGAACUACCGCGACACUUGGCAGUUCAACUACAUCUACACGCCGUUCUACAGCCGCGGCAGUCCGUACCUCGUGGGCAUCGCCAUGGGGUACCUCACAACCAUCUACAAACCUGGUGUCUACAGGAAAUGUGUUCCUAAAACUUGGUCUAUAAUCGCUACGGCUGUGGGUGUGUGUGCCAUGCUGUUCACCUUGUCCAUAGCUUAUAUAAUCGUUUGCCGAGGAUAUGACCCUCUGGAGGCUGCUGUCUUCGUAGGCACGAAGAGGAUCCUUUGGUCUGCUGCCAUCUGCUGCAUUAUAGGGAUGUGUGAAUAUGGAACUGUUCCUAUAGUCUCCAAUAUGCUGAGUUGGUCCGCGUUCACACCUCUAAGUCGCCUGUCCUACGGCAUUUACAUGGUCCACCCGCUGGUGAUUCAGAAGUUCCAACUUUCUCAACGAUCGACUCACUUUUUCGAUUUCUAUUGUAUACUUUACAGCACAGUAGGAGCAUCGGUUAUAUCAAUAGGGCUCAGUUACGCGAUGUGGCUGUUUGUGGAGGCGCCACUGAUCAACAUCACCAACCAGCUCUUGUUCAACAAACUAAAUGGACCAGUUGGAGCUACUGCUACGAAUGGAACCCAACAUAGAAAUGGCGUUACUAAGACCAAAUCUUCGUAAGACAAAAAAAAAAUUCAGUUCGAAAUAGAUAGUCUAAUGUAUAAAUACCAUAAAGGCAGAUCAUUUAAAUUCAAUGUUAUUAUUGUAAUUUGUUAUGCUGGUUACCGGAGGCCUAAUUCCCCCCUUCCCAAUCCCCGAUUCCCUAACAAACCUUAAAUUCCUAACCCCCAAAAGGCCGGCAACGCACUUGUAACACCGAAAUACCAGAGGUAUUUCAAGUGUCCAUGGGCGGCGGCGAUCGCUUACCUCAGAUGAUACGUCAGCUUGUUUACCGGCUUAUCUAAUAAAAAAAUAUUGACAAAUAAAUGACAUUUACAUCUAAUUUAAUGACUGAUUUACUGCUUUAAUUUUUAUUAUUUGAUUUUUUCUUUUCUGUGUUUGUAUUGUUAUCACUAACAUUAGUUUUUAAGUUCAAUAUUACUAACAAAAUUGUGGGCAUGUCUGAAAUAAAUUAUUGUUAUUUAU